CUAGUCUAGACUGGCGUCACUGGUCUCCUGGCAACAGUACGGGCGAGUUCUCGAUCAAGGUUCCAAAUAGAAUGCUGUAUAGAAAAGGAGUGCAUGUUUAGCAUUGAGAACCAUGGGCCUGCCUUGUACAAGAAGAAACAAUUGCCCUCUAAGAAAUGAUAAUGUUUCAUGUCUUCUGUGAAUUUGUAUCUACUACAGCAAGACUGCCGACAAUUUUCAGAACGUGCGUAAUUGAUUAAAUUAAAAAUACCAAGUGCUGUCAGCUGACAACAUAGUGCGAGUGUGCGACCAACAAAAAAACAACACUGAAACGAAAAGAAAGGACGUCCAAGAAGAAGCAACGGUUUAGUGUGGUGUUAGACUAUGAUGAGAUGCAACUCUAUUCAUGUAUGUUGUUUCGAGAGACCGUUACUUUCCAUCAAAUAAACGGUGAAAUAACGAUUUAUUCAAUCAAGAAGCCACACAAAACGACUUGCCAAGUACUUACGAACCAUGAUUAAAUUCCAUAAUUCGGACCUAUGGAUUGCUUGGCUGGUUUUAUUUUGCAUGGAAGGUUCAAGAUUUGAUCUGCACACAGGAACAGUGAGCGUGAGGGCGUUGGAUGUCACAGUGACCCAGAGCAGCAUCCAGGUAGCCCGCGGCCAGGCGGCCAUCUUGCCCUGCUCCUUCUCCACCAGCGCUGCCCUCAACAACCUCAACAUUAUCUGGAUGGUCAUCCCGCUGUCCAAUGCCAACCAGCCCGAACAGGUGAUCAUCUACCAAGGUGGCCAAGUGUUCAGUCUCGCCAACCACUUAAAUGGCCGGGUGGGUUUCGUGGCCACCAUGCCCAGCACAAGUGCCUCUAUCUUCAUCAACAACACCCAGCUGUCAGACACGGGGACAUACCAGUGCCUGGUCAACAACCUCCCCGACAGAGGGGGGCGCAACAUCGGGGUCAUCGGCCUCACCGUGCUGGUGCCCCCCUCGGUGCCUGCAUGCCGUAUCCAGGGCACACUGGACGUGGGCGCUGACAUCAUGCUGAUGUGCAGCAGCGAGGAGGGGAUCCCCACGCCCACCUACGCCUGGGAGAAGCUGGAGUCGCUGCCCAAGCUGCCCCACACCGCCAUGCAAGACCAGAUGCAAGGGACCGUAACACUGAGGAACAUCAGUACCAGUACCUCUGGUCUGUACCAGUGUACAGCCUCCAACGCCAUCGCCAAGAGCACCUGUCUACUCAACCUGCAGGUUGUGGCACCCCAGCCGCAGAGUGUGGGUCUUAUAGCUGGCACCAUCGCCACGGGCGUGUUGGCAGUCAUCAUCUGCUCCCUACUGGUGCUGGUGACACUCUUCUACUGGAAGAACAAGAACACAUACGAGGAGGAGGAGAUACCCAACGAGAUCAGAGAGGACGACCUGCCCCCUAAGAGGUCGUCGUCAGUGAAAGCGUUUCACGCCGACGCCUCAUCCUCGGAGAACGACACCCUGACGUCCACCAACACCUACAACAGCCGCUAUUGGCACAACCCCAAGCCCAACUACGACACCAACUCCUACACCCGCUGCAACGGCGACACGCGCCAGACGUUCCCUACUGGGCAGGCGGGUCGCACAGGUCAAACAGGGGGACAUGCAGCUCACACAGGACACAGGACACUGGCGCCGCCGGGCUCCGCCCCCCUGGAAUGUCAGGCCUACUCUAAUGGUAGCCACACCCUCCCCCCGCCCAAGACUCUGGUGGUCACCACCAACUCCGCCCCCUCCCCGCCCACCAUGGUGCGUAGCAAUGGCUCGGUCAGCCUGAAGCCCGUGACGGUGGCAUCGCACGGCGGGUACACGCACUCGUACGCCGUAAGCCAGGCCACGCUGGAACGCAUGGGCGCCGUGCCCGUCUUGGUGCCAGCCCAGAGCAGAGGAGGCUCUCUGGUCUAAAGUAAACUGUUACUGGGUUGAACCAGCCUGCCUCCCCACUUCGUCUCUGUUUCUCUCUCUCUCUCUGUUUCUCCCUUUUUUACUCAUAAACGGGAUUUUACAUUACCGACUUCAUCUAAUGCCAACGUCUCCAAGUACAGGAUCCCGUUUGAAAGCAGCACCAGGUGUUCUAUUCCUAUUGGUUGGUUUUGUAUCUCUUCUUGGGUAUGGUUUUCUCUCACUGGUUCCUUGCAUUAAAUGGCUGUAACCAGUGGGAUUAUCGUACAAAAGUCACACAAUCAUCUGACGUUUCAGUUGAUUGUGACUGUGGGUUUUGGACUCAUCACGACAGUGAGCAUUAACCAUUUAAUCUCUGUGUUUUAACCACAUCUAGACGCUCCGAACCCUGAAAGUCCCAUAAAGAAGCAUCCGAACGUGCAUGUACUGUAUAUUCCAUUGAAAACGAACAACCAGAUUCUUGCUAUUAAUUUAUAUCACUCAGCUAUUGCGGUGAUAAUAAUUGUUUUGUAUCUUUAAAACAUUUUAAGAGAUGUUCUUUGAUUCACUGCAGUGGUCUUACAUGAACAGAACCAUAGUGGUGGAAAUGGCCUUAGAAGAGCAGAAAGUUACGGAAGGGAUUUCUGGUGAAGUACCAAAUGGCAAAGACAACAGAAUGGCACAACACAGUAGGCUGGUCCUGUGACUGGACAGGGGGGUUUCUGAUUCUGUCCAUUAGCUCCGACUUCAACAUGUUCAUUCGUUUUUGCACGGUAACACACUUUCAUCAAAAACUCCUCUGAAGUAAUACCAUUACAAACAGUACAGUCAAUAUAUCUCUAUGUCUUUAUUAUAGAACGGUCCUACUUAUGCAUCCCGUUACCUCUACAGUGUUACAAAUGGGAGAGAUGGAGCCUCUCCAGCACAAACUGAAUUUGCAGUUUGAGACGUACUGACAGUGUUUAUGGAAGUACGUGCUAUUGUAAACAUGCUAUUGAGACAUAGUGACAGUGUUUAUGGAAGUACGUGCUAUUGUAAACAUGCUGUUGAGACGUACUGACAGUGUUUAUGGAAGUACGUGCUAUUGUAAACAUGCUAUUGAGACGUACUGACAGUGUUUAUGGAAGUACGUGCUAUUGUAAACAUGCUAUUGAGACAUAGUGACAGUGUUUAUGGAAGUACGUGCUAUUGUAAACAUGCUGUUGAGACGUACUGACAGUGUUUAUGGAAGUACGUGCUAUUGUAAACAUGCUAUUGAGACGUACUGACAGUGUUUAUGGAAGUACGUGCUAUUGUAAACAUGCUAUUGAGACAUAGUGACAGUGUUUAUGGAAGUACGUGCUAUUGUAAACAUGCUAUUGAGACAUAGUGACAGUGUUUAUGGAAGUACGUGCUAUUGUAAACAUGCUGCUGAUUUGUUUUAACAAAAUCCAAUCUCACAUCAGUGCUGUUGGACAAGAAAUCAUGGGGGACAUCUUAUUUCAUACAUCCUUUCUAAGAAAAUUUAUAUUUAAAGGGGAUUUCCCUUGAGAAUGCUAACAAUUACUGUUUUGUACCUACUGGAAUUAUUGUAACUAUUGGUAGGCUAGGUUGUGAAUUUAAGAAAAAUACUUUUAUUUCCAAUGGAUGCAUAUUUUAUUACUCAUGUGUCUUAAUUUUAGAGGUCCAUUCAUUUCUGUUAAGACACUGAACUGGGUUUUUGCAAAUAGGUGUCCUCUGUGGGUGAAGCUGCAUGUCUGGGCAGUGCAAUUCAUACAAAAUGACUAAGUAUCACAGAAACCCGUAUACUAAAAUGACUAUCUGCAUCUGUUGAUUGUAAUAAUGAUUGAACAUACAUUUAAUACAUACUCUUGUUUUCCAGGGCACUUUGAUUUUUUCACAGCUACAAAUUCCAGCAUUAAAAUAAGUUACUUAAGUAUCCCCAAUGAUAGUUGAAAAUGAAAUGCAUACCACCUGUACUGAAACAUCUAGGUUUGUUCCAGCAGUGUUGGAAAUUGUUGCUAUUGAGGUAAGAAUCAGAACUUUUUGAGGGCCAUAUUUUUUUAUACCUGAAACUAACUACUGAUUUAGGUUUUUAUAUUAAUUUUACAAAAUGAUGUAUCCUGCUCUUUGCAUUUAAAGUCUUAUUAAUAUUCAACUUAAUCUUUCACUUGAGUUUGAGUUUAUUUUAUUUUUACAGGGACAGUGCACAUUAAUCAACGUUUCAGUAAAAGUGCCGGUUUUAGCCAGCCGGCUAAUUUUCAACCGCAGUCCCUGGAAAGACAAAUUGUUUUGAUAUUGUGUGAUAUUACAUAAAAAAAUUGUACUACUCAUUUUAACCAAACAAACACUUCACUCAUGAGAAAAAAAAACAUCUCCUGUAUUUGGUGUCAGGAUCUUUCUCAUUCAGUCUCUACAUAUACUGUACCCAAUGAUAGCUGUGGUCUCCACAGUAUGAAUUUGGCAAUUCAAUGUGCUCAAUUGAAGUAUUAUUGAAGUUCAUUGAAAUAUGCUCCAGUAAGAAUCCAUUAGACGUAUUCAAUUAAACGUCCUCAAGUAAAGCAAUAUGGAUGGUGAGCAGAACUUUCUUUCCUGAAGCAAUAAAGACCAACCAGGUGAAGCACAUUAGGAGGACUGUUGAUGUACAAGAUAGACCUUUAUCAAACUGUUCCUUUUCUGUCACUCACUCAGCUCAUUGGCUUAUGUGUUGUCUCAUUCCCUCCAUCAGGGAACCAAGAUUAUAUUCAUAACUUAAUAAUUAAAAAAAAAAUGUGCUUAAUGCAGCCAUGAGACUAAAACACUGUUCAGUAUUAUCACGUAAUACUCACAACUUGACAGUAUUCUUUGAGUUUGUUUGGUGUUCAGAGACUUGUUUCAACAUCAGAGUGCAUCCAUAUGAUUUAUGUAUGAACUCUUUUAUGUACAGUGUCUUCAGAAAGUAUGCAUACUCCUCGACUUAUUACACAUGUUGUGUUUCAGCCUGAAUUUAAUGAAAAUAAAAUACAGAAAUGUCUAUUUACAUAAGUAUCCACACCCCUGUGUCAAUACAUGUUAGAAUCACCUUUGGCAGUGAUUACAGCUGUCAGUCUUCAAGAGCUUUGCACAGCUGGAUUGUUCAAUAUUUGCCCAUUAUUCUUUUGAAAUUCUUCAAGGUCUGUCAAGUUGGUUAUUGAUCAUUGCUACACAGCCAUGUUCAAGUCUUGCCAUAGAUUUUCAAGCAGAUUUGAGUCAGAACUGUAACUCGACCACUCAGGAACAUUCACUGUCUUCUUGGUAAGCAACUCCAGUGUAGAUUUCUGGCCUGGUGAAAAAGGUGAAUUCUUCUCCCAGUGUCUGGUGGAAAGCAGACUGAACCAGGUUUUCCUCUAGAAUUUUGCCUGUGCUCGGCUCUAUUCCAUUACUUUUUUAUCCUGAAAAACUCCUUAGCCCUUAAUUACAAGCAUACCCAUAGCAUGAUGCAGCCACCACUAUGCUUGAAAAUAAUGUGUUGCAUUCGAUUUGCCCCAAACAUAACACUUUGUAUUCAGGAUAGUGAAUUGCUUUGCCAUGUUGCAGUAUUACUUUAGUGCUUUGUUGCAAACAGGAUGCAUGUUUGGAAUAUUUGUAUUCUGUACAGGCUUCCUUCUUUUCACUCUGCCAAUUAGGUUAGUAUUGUGGAGUAACUACAAUGUUGUUGAUCCAUCAUCAGUUUUCUCCUAUCACAGCCAUUAAACUCUGUAACUGGUUUAAAGUCACCAUUGGGAAAUCCCUGAGCGGUUUCCUUCCUCUCCGGCAACUGAGUUAGGAAGGAGAAAUGUAUCUUUGCAGUGACUGGGGUGUAAUUGAUACACCAUCCAACGUGUAAUUAAUAACUUCACUAUGCUCAAAGGGAUAUUCAAGGUCAGCUUCUUUUUUUUACCCAUUUACCAAUAGGUGCCCUUCUUUGUGAGACAUUGGAAAACCUCCCUGGUCUUUGUGGUUGAAUCUUUUUGAAAUUCACUGCUCCACUGAGGGACCUUACAGAUAAUAGUUUGUGUGGGGUACAGAGAUGAGGUAGUCAUUAAAAAAAUAAUGUUAAAUACUAUUAUUUCACACAGACUGAGUCCAUGCAACUUAUGUGACUUGUUGAGCACAUUUUUUUUCUCCUGAACUUAUGUAGGCUUGCCAUAACAAAGGGGUUGAAUACUUAUUGACUCAAGACAUUUCAGCUAUUCAGUUAUAAAUCAUUUGUAAACAUUUUGAAAAACAUAAUUCCACUGUGGGGUAUUGUGUGUAGGCCAAUACCAAGGCUGUAACACAACAAAAUGUGGAAAAAGUCAAGGGGUGUGAAUACUUUCUGAAGGCACUGUGUAUGUACUCUGCUGAUAACCCCGGGGUUGUUCACUAGCUUGUUGUGUCUGGUCACAGACAAGCACUCAACUGAUCUUUAACAUUAUUAAAGAGCCACAGGUUCAGGUCAGAUGAGGUGAGGGCAUCUGUUUCCUCUGUUAGACAUCUCUUGGGGCGAAUCCUAACUUCCACUUACAUGUUUACUUAGUCAUGCAUUGAUGUCAAUGGGAGACAAAGUGAAAAUUCAACUUAAAAGUUAGGAUUUGUCCCAUAAUGACCCUGGCCCGAAACACAACUGCUUUAACUAGAAAUGGAGAGGAGGGAUAACCACAAACCCCAGACAAGUGGUGGUGCAUUGUCUACUGUGGCCAUAAGUUCAUCAGGUUGUGUUUAUAUAGAUAUUAUAAUGCCAAUAGUAAACAUUGUAAAUAUGUAAAAUAUGUAUUGUACUUAACAGUUUGAUUGAUAUGAAAUAUGACAUUAACACUGGAAGUUGUAGUGAAUAAAUUGUUAAUACAUUCUA